GCAGUGCACUCUGGAAGUUGUAGUUUGCGGGAGAGGCGGUUGGCGGCCCCUGACCGAGCUGGGGCUUCACCUGGAUGGCGGCUGCGACGCGCGGCUGCUGCUCUUGGGGCUCGUUCCUCGGGUUACUUAGUUUAGUCACGGCGGCGGCAAAUGCCUGGGACCUGACUUCACUGCGUUGCAACUUCGGCGACUUCUGCGAGUGCGACUUCCGGCCCGACUUCCAGGGUCUGGAGUGUGAUCUGGCCCAGCACCUAGCGGGCCAGCACCUAGCCAAGGCGCUGGUGGUGAAGGCGCUGAAGGCCUUUGUGCGUGACCCAGCCCCGACCAAGCCGCUGGUCCUCUCCCUGCAUGGCUGGACGGGCACUGGCAAGUCGUAUGUCAGCUCCCUGCUGGCGCACUACCUCUUCCGGGGAGGCCUCCGCAGCCCCCAUGUGCAUCAUUUUUCCCCCGUCAUCCACUUUCCCCAUCCCAGCCACAUUGAGCGCUACAAGAAGGAUCUUAAGAGCUGGGUGCAGGGGAACCUGACUGCCUGUGGUCGCUCACUCUUCCUCUUCGAUGAGAUGGACAAGCUGCCCCCAGGCCUGAUGGAGGUUCUUCGACCUUUCCUGGGUUCCUCCUGGGUCGUGUAUGGAACCAACUAUCGCAAAGCCAUCUUCAUCUUCAUCAGCAACACUGGUGGUGAGCAGAUAAACCAGGUGGCGCUGGAGGCAUGGCACAGCCGCCGGGACCGGGAGGAGAUUGGCUUGCAGGAGCUGGAGCCGGCCAUCUCUCGGGCCGUGCUGGACAACCCACACCAUGGCUUCUGGCGCUCAGGCAUCAUGGAGGAGCACCUCCUGGAUGCCGUGGUACCCUUCCUCCCGCUCCAGCGGCACCACGUGCGGCACUGUGUGCUCAACGAGCUGGCCCAGCUGGGCUUGGAGCCCCGGGAUGAGGUCGUGCAGGCUGUGCUGGAGAGCACUACCUUCUUCCCUGAGGAGGAACAGCUCUUCUCCUCCAAUGGCUGCAAGACCGUGGCCUCCCGAAUCGCCUUCUUCCUCUAA